AUGUAUCGAACGAAGGUUUCAUUUCUUCUUGCUACUUCCAUCACGUUAAUAAACACAAAGAGUUUUACGAGACGCCUCUCUAACCAUGCUGUUCGAUCGACUAAAUCAUUUCAUGGAUAUUUGUCAAAUUUUUCAAGCUUUCCGAAAUCGAAAUUCCUUUAUCUGCAAAGUCGUAAUUUUACGACAAUUUAUAAUUCCCAGAAUUUAAAAAAAACAUUCGUUUUUCAACCAGCGCAGAAGAAUGAGAAUCCUUCGUCUUCAUCCGAAAUAUUUCCGACUCUUCCCGAUAGCUCCUCGGAUACAUCUCAGGACAAGAAGCCAUCCUUGGUAAUCUUGUUCGGUUGGUGGAAUUGUCAACCGAAAACUCUGCACAAAUAUGUUUCCUUAUAUGUAGAUAAAUUACACAUCGACACUUUAUCCCACAUACCUCGUUUUCAUCACGUCUUCUUUCCUUGGACAAUUUUGAAAAAUAUCCAUCUUCUUGCAAAGGAGUUAAUACAUGAUUGGGUUGAACGCGGAAAACCCGACAACAUUGGCUUCCAUGUUUUUAGUAACAACGGCACUUAUCACUACGCCAUGUUAUGCGAGAAGAUCAGACAAAUUGCGAACGAUCCAUCGAUUAGUUCGGAGAUAUCAUCUGACGAAGCGAAUUCCUUCCUGAAUUCCAUAAAAUCGUGUGUUAUAGAUUCCGCGCCCUCACCUAUUUUCGAAAGAACCAUCGCUUUGGGAAUUAUCGGCGGUUUCUUUCCCAAAAAUCAAAAUAAUUUAUUGAAAGCAAAAAUCAUGCCAGACGAUCCCCACCAUAUAGAACCUCAUCCCUUCUUGAUUUCCUGUUUGUCACUAUUUUUCUAUUUGCCUUUUGUGAAGAAGUACCAAGCAUUUGCUCACAAAGCUUUGGAUGAUAUUCCCGGUGGAACUUUUGAUGGUAGAAACAUUAAAUAUUUAUUUUUAUAUGGUCCCGGCGAUAAAAUCGUCCAUGAGAAUGAUAUAACCAAAUUCAUGCGAAAAUUAAUAAGCAGAAAAGGCGAUUUCAACGAAAAGGGUGUUCUGAAAGUAAUAGGCAAAAGAUUUGAGCGUAACAGUGAACACGUCCAACAUUACAUGAAAUACCCGGAGGAGUACACUGACGCCUUGAAAUCAUUUUACGGAUUGCGAUGA